AAACAGUCUCCGCCAGCUUUUAACAGGGAAUAAGGACUCCAUGUCAAGUAUUGUCGCCAAUUAUAGACGAAUCUUGGCAUCAAACGUGGACCAGCUGAAGAUUAUAAAGCAGCAGCACGCUUUUUUCUUACAUCUUGACAAACGACCAUCUCCUAAGUGCCCGCUUGACAACCGCUCAUCAAUUCACACACCAUUCACUACCUUCCAUUUCAAACCUUCCACACAAACAAUCCAAACUCAAUAUCAUUCUCAAGAUGUUCUUCUCCAAGUCUAUCGUCGUCGUUCUUGCGUCGCUAUUUGCUGUCAGCACAGCAGUUCCUUUGACAAUUCGAGCUGAAGCCGAAACAUCUGCAGACCUCCAAACCACCGACACAGCAUCGACAGAAACACUAGAAGAUGUGGCAUUCUUCGCGUAAGGCAAGGAUAUUUUAGUUGGAGCUGCGAAGGGGCAUUCUUUUCAUCGUCUGGAGGACUUUUGAGAUAUCACAUUAUGGGAUCUGAUUUUCAUUGAAGCGAAUACACACAUUGUAGAACUAUCUCACAGAAGAGAAGUUCAUAGUAUUAUUUCCAUUGCUCCGUUCACGAACGGGAGGCAAAUUUCUCGGCGAUUAAAAUAUGAAGCGUAGACAUAUGCAUGGCAUCACAUCGUCUCCUGUGUAUCUCAU